UAAAGGCGGCGGACGGGCCGGAGGGAGGAUGGUGAAGCUCUGCGAUUGGCCAAAAUGAGAAGGACAAAAUUUCGCUAUCUUCCACAGAGAGUCAAUGAAACUGGCUAAGAUCAAAGUCUGAGACAUUUUCACCUGUCAUCAGUCCCUUUUUGCUUUCUUUUACGACCACAUGAGACUUGAGAAGCCACCUAAAGCUAACUCAUUUAGUGGAGUUGGGCAGUUCCCAAGUGUCCGACAAGAAGGCCUGGUUUAGGCUGCGAUGGCCACUGUCAUUCCUGGUGACUUGUCAGCAGUGAGAGAUACCCAGAAAGUCCCUUCAGGGAAACGUAAGCGUGGUGAAACCAAACCAAGAAAAAACUUCCCUUGCCAACUGUGUGACAAGGCCUUUAACAGUGUUGAGAAAUUAAAGGUUCACUCCUACUCUCACACAGGAGAGAGGCCCUACAAGUGCAUACAACAAGACUGCACCAAGGCCUUUGUUUCUAAGUACAAGUUACAAAGGCACAUGGCUACUCAUUCUCCUGAGAAAACCCACAAGUGUAAUUAUUGUGAGAAAAUGUUUCACCGAAAAGAUCACCUGAAGAAUCACCUACAUACACACGACCCUAAUAAAGAGACGUUUAAGUGUGAAGAAUGUGGCAAAAACUACAAUACCAAGCUUGGGUUUAAGCGUCACUUGGCCUUGCAUGCUGCAACAAGUGGUGACCUCACCUGCAAGGUGUGUUUGCAGACUUUUGAGAGCACAGGAGUGCUUCUGGAGCACCUCAAGUCUCACGCAGGCAAGUCAUCCGGAGGCGUGAAAGAGAAGAAGCACCAGUGUGAGCAUUGUGACCGCCGGUUCUAUACCCGAAAGGAUGUCCGCCGGCACAUGGUAGUGCACACUGGAAGAAAGGACUUCCUCUGUCAGUAUUGUGCACAGAGAUUUGGACGGAAGGAUCACCUGACUCGACAUAUGAAAAAGAGUCACAAUCAAGAGCUUUUGAAAGUCAAAACAGAACCCGUGGACUUUCUGGAUCCAUUUACCUGCAAUGUUUCUGUGCCUAUAAAAGAUGAGCUACUUCCAGUGAUGUCCUUACCUUCCAGCGAACUGUUGUCAAAGCCAUUCUCAAACACAUUGCAGUUAAACCUCUAUAACACUCCGUUUCAGUCCAUGCAGAGUUCAGGAUCAGCCCACCAAAUGAUCACAACUUUACCUUUGGGAAUGACAUGCCCCAUAGACAUGGAUGCUGUUCACCCUUCUCACCACCUUUCUUUCAAAUAUCCCUUCAGUUCUACCUCAUAUGCAAUUUCUAUCCCUGAAAAAGAACAGCCUUUGAAAGGGGAAAUUGAGAGUUACCUAAUGGAGUUACAAGGCGGUAUGCCUUCUUCAUCCCAGGAUUCCCAAGCAUCGUCAUCUAAACUUGGGUUGGAUCCUCAAAUCGGGCCCCUAGAUGACGGCCCAGGGGAACUCUCCUUGUCCAAAAGCUCCAUUUCUAUUAGUGAUCCCCUCAGCACACCAGCGUUGGAUUUCUCCCAGUUGUUUAAUUUCAUACCAUUAAAUGGGCCACCUUAUAAUCCAAUAUCAGUGGGGAGCCUUGGAAUGAGCUAUUCCCAAGAGGAAGCGCAUUCUUCUGUCUCUCAGCUGCCCCCACAAACACAGGAUCUGCAGGAUCCAACCAGCACUAUAGGUCUUGGGUCUCUACACUCUCUGUCCGCAGCCUUCACCAGUAGUUUAAGCACAAGCACCACCUUGCCACGUUUCCAUCAGGCUUUCCAGUAGGAUUGGGUGUGGAUUUAUCACAGAAAUAUCUAUGUAGCCCUACAUUAGAUGAUCAUUUUUAUUUUAGUGCCUGCCUUAAGACAAUAUAAAAAUAUCUGCUUUUGUAGAGAACCAGUUUUCAAUAAGCCAGUAUGAAAUCCAAAUUAGCUUGUUAAAUGAGCUUCCGAACUGUUGGGCUCAAUUGUGUUUACCUGGGUAUUUUGUCCUAAUUCACUGCCAGUUGUCAUAUUUUAAGAUCUUUUUGUUCCCAUAUGGGAGAGCCAUUAUUAGUAAAGUUUUUCAUAUUCCCUUUUCAAAUUACAUUUAAUUUCUAAAAAUUUUAACCAAGAAUAAUGGCCCUACCUUUUGACAUUUGGCUCAUUUAAAGUUUUUGCUACAGAACAAAACUUUUAUAAAAUUUAUAUGAAAAAAUAGCUUAAAAUUUUUUUUAACUCUCCAAAUUGAUCCAAAAGCAAGUGUUUCAAAUGAAGUAAGAAUUCCAUUUGGAGCGAUAACAGAUUUUCUUAGGUAUUUCACAAUUUCAAGUCAAUAUAAUUUUGAAGACUUAUUAUCUGACUAAAAUUCUUGUCUUUAUGAGCAUAUACUGAAAAGGUAAACCUAAACACAAAGCAUCAGUAUUUAUAAGGGGAAAAAAAAUACUCAUAGGAAAGUAACAUGGUAUUUAAUGUUACUUAAUAGUUGAGCAUAAAUUAGUAUACAAAAUGUUUUACUACGUUUCGAUUUCUUUACUUGCCAUCUUCCCAUUUAAUAACAAUAAAUCUUCAGAGACAGUAUGUAGCUCUUUAUACUUUUCCACCAUCCACAGCAAAAUGCAUCAGUCAAGUACAGACAGAAAUUUCAUAUUUGAAUGUUGGUCCACAGGUAGUUAGGAAUCUAAGAUCCAGUGUGGAACUCUAGGGAUUGACUGUGUUUGUCUUAGAUUUUGUGACGGAUCCCUAAGCAGGACGAUAGAAACUUGGAGACCGAUUAGGAGGUCUCCUCUUGUCAAGUUUGAAAGCUGGGCUCUUUAGAGAAAAAGUAAAAGCACAUUGCUUACACUGUGACUUUCUGAAUCCCGUAUAUUUUUCUCCCUCAAGGGCCAAAAGUAGAAGUCAGAAACAACACCCUGAACCCAUGGUAUCUUUUUAUUCGGUGUUAAUCUGUUCUUAAAAUUUGGGGAUGGUGAACUUCAAGCUAAAUAUUUUAGGAAACUAAUUGAGGAUUACCAGAGUUUUCAGUGACUAAAAAUAUGUACAGUAAAAUACCACUUUUAUAGAUUUCUAGGAAAUGGGAAUAUUGCAAGUAAGUUGAAUUCGUGGAGUGCGGACAGAGUAAAAUAAAACACACAGUAUCUUUAAAAAUACAAAAAUAACAGCCGAGGGUAUUUUGUUCACUACUUAAAAUGGUUAUUAGAGGGCUUUCCUCAUUUCUACCAUCAUCUUCUCACAGGUGAAACUACUAUAGCUUCCCUAGGUGUCAGUAGAGACAUUAGCCUAAGAAACAUCAAGCAUUUAUUAACAUCUAUCUUAGAGCCCUGUUAGUCAAGGUAGGGUUGGAGAGGAGACUUAUCAAAGUGAAUAUAUCUCUUUAAGAAGGAAAAGGCAGGAAAAUAUUUCUGAGUGCUCACUAGCCCUACAGAAAUGCUGGGUUUUUUUUUUAAUAGGAUUAUCCCUGCAGAUGGAGAUGUUUACCAAGAAUGUCUAAAAAUGAGUGCAUAUUGAUGAGUAUAAUACAUUAUUUAAAAGAUUUGAGGCUAGGAUAAUUUGUGGAGAAAUGUAAAUUGUAAUAUUGUAUGAUGGAGAAUUCACCAUAUAUGAUGUAUAUUUGUAUAUGUAUGUAUACAAGUAUAUAUGUAUAUAUCUAUAUGGCGAAACCUCCAUAUAUUUACACGUAUCGCACUUCAUAGAAUCAA